AUGCCGCCAAAAACUCCAUCAAAAGGUGCAAAGAAAGCCGUCUCAAAAAGCAGUAAAGGUGCAUCAACAAAAGGUGAAAAAAAAGUUAAACGUCGACGAAAGGAAACUUAUUCAAUAUAUAUUUAUAAAGUAUUAAAACAAGUCCAUCCCGAUACAGGUAUCAGUUCAAAAGCAAUGUCCAUCAUGAAUUCAUUUGUCAAUGAUAUAUUUGAACGUAUUGCUGCUGAAUCCAGUCGUUUGUCACAUUAUAAUAAACGCUCAACAAUAUCGUCACGUGAAAUUCAAACAGCUGUUCGACUAUUGUUACCAGGUGAAUUGGCUAAACAUGCCGUUUCCGAAGGUACAAAAGCCGUUACUAAAUAUACAAGUGCCAAAUAA